AUGGCCUUCCGUGCAGCGCGGCCACUGCGCUUCCGCUUGACGAGGCUCUUGCGCGCAGGAGGCGCCGAGGACGCGAAGCCGCGGUGGACACUGCCAGAGGCAGACUAUCACAAGUACACAUAUCAGCCCUCUAUCCCCGACAAGCACUUCAACAUCGGACACUGGAACUAUGCCCCCAUCACCAUGUGGUUGCGCGCGCGGCGCCCCGCGAUGGAGCGUGUUCUGGGCGAUGUCUACACCACCCUCACAGCCACGGGCACAGCAGUCUGGUCGCCGAUCUACGCAAACAUCCACGCCAACCUUCCAGGAUUUGGCUACAAGUUCCUGGGACUGGUAGGCGCCUUGAUCGGCUACAACUUGGCUGUCAUGUACGUCACCUCCCGUACUGAGGCCUGGAUGUUCCUUGAGAAGAUGCGCCUUUAUGCCCUGGGCGACGAGCUAGUCAAGAAAGGCUUCUUCAUGUCCGAUGCAGAGGAUGCGCACUCGCGGCAACACAAGUAUGAGCAUGACGUGGAAAGGUUGAAUCACCUCUGGGAGGAGGCCAUUACCGAUGCUACGCAGAUGAGAUCCUUCGACAGGCUCUGCGAGCAUCUGGCCGUGGACUCUGAGAAGCUCCCAGUGGCCGACGUCCCCAAGCCCAUCUCGUGGCGAUUCAGCAUGAUGCCGUAUGGACGAGAUGACCCAGAUGCCAAGACGUUCAGCUUUGCGCCUGUGGACUCACCAGCAGCUAGCAACUACUUUUUGCUGGACAUGGGCAGCUCUGGCGAUUACAUUGACCGUCAGGACAACAAACCCAACCCUAUCCGAAAGGGCCGCCACAUGUACACUGCUGCGUACAUGCCCCCGACGAAGUGA